AUGAGUAUUAAAGUUAAUGAAUCAAUGUUGUUUAUCAAAAUUGAAAUAAAUUGUAUGUCAUAUAAGCGAAGCAUCAAGGCAGUUGCGCUUUGUUGGAAUAUAUUGCCAAUCUCCUUUAUUACAACUCCUUAAAACUUGCUAGUCUUUAUGGGAAAGAUAUUAGAUGUGAUUUAGGAUUAUUGGAAAUUGAAGCCUUAUAAAACAAGCGAAAAUGGUUGUAUCUAGAUCUAUAUCAAGGCGUCUAAAUCCACAAUUACUCUAGUUAAAUGGUCUAACCUUGAGGAGGAUAAUUAUUACUCGUAUUUCAAUAGAGAUAAUAAACUUUGA